UGUUCUCGGGUGCGAAGUCGCUGGCUGGUCGGCUGCACAAACGAGAAAGGAGCAAGGGAGAGCAGAUUUUGCAAAACAUUUUCCUAAGCUGCUGCUCAGUGAUGAGGGGAAAGGGGUGGCACCUUCCAUGAGCAGAGCCCUUCUGUCUACAUAAGGGCUUAUUUUUAGUAGAUGGAAACCUUCAAGAGAUGUACCGGAUUGGGUAGUAACCAAAUCUGCAGGAAUGAAACUUUCCUUUAUUUUGCCUAUGGUAGUAACUUGUUGCGGGAGAGGAUACUAUUAAAAAACCCAUCUGUGGUUUUUCUUACCCUGGCGCACUUACUGGAUUAUAAGCUUGCUUUUGGCUCUCAUCAAGGCAAACCAAGCUCUCAGUGGCAUGGAAGCACAGCUACUAUUGUUUAUACUCCUGGUGAUGAAGUGUGGGGGGUAGUAUGGAAAAUAAACUCCAAUGAUUUAUAUUCUCUGGAUAGACAAGAGGGAGUUGAAGAUGGUCUUUAUGUCCCAAUAGAAGUUAGUGUUCAAACGCAAGAAGGGAAAGUAUUUAAGUGUCGAAGUUACCAAAUGAACGACUACAUCUAUGGUCUUCCUUCCCCUCAGUAUAAAAAGGUCAUCUGUAUGGGUGCAAAGCAGAAUGGUUUGCCAGUGGACUAUCAGGAGAAAUUAGACUCUAUAGAGACUAACAGCUACGCCGGAACUGUGCCAGUGUUUGAAGAAAUUGAAGCUGCUCUCAAUGCAUCUGGGAAAACAAAAUAAUAAAGAACCAUCUUAGAAUA